AUGUCAUUCCUCAGGCUCUUAAUCUGUGUGGUUGGAGUCUACUCCAUGUUUCUGUUGUGGGCCAUUGCCCAAGAACGAUUGGCCGUUCCAUUCCCUUCGACCGACGGGUCUCCCAACGCUCGCUUCAAAUCUGCCCUCUUCCUCGGAACUUGUCAGAGUGCCGCCAGUACCAUAUCUUCUCUCGUCUAUCUCUUGCUACGACGCAAGCCAGGACAGUCCUUUGCAUCCCUCGUUGGCCUCGAAGGACCUGCCAGCAAAGCCAGUAACGGAGUCGCCAACGGGAACGGAGUCUCAAAGGACUCACACAAGCACAGUGGUGGAUGGUUGAGCGCACGAACAAAGGCGCUGUUGACCGUCUACUUUCAAUGUUCGCUUCUCAUUACCGCGGCCGCUCCAUUUGGCUUUGCGGCACUCGCCCACAUCUCGUACCCGACCAUGGUCCUCGGAAAGUCAUGCAAACUCGUCCCAGUCAUGAUUAUGAACGUGUUGCUGUACCGCCGCAAAUUUGCGCUGCACAAGUAUCUCGUCGUCUUUAUGGUCACCGUCGGAAUUACCAUGUUCAUGGGCUUUUCGCACGAGGGACACUCCUCUAAGCACCAAAAGGGCGGUGACUCUGAGCUCAAUAAGAAUGGUCUCCUUGGCCUGACCUAUUUGCUCAUCAACCUUGCACUCGAUGGAGCUAUCAACUCUACGCAAGACGAAAUCUUUGCCAAGUACAAGGUCAACGGACAGCAAAUGAUGUUCUUCAUCAACCUUACAUCCACACUCGUCACCACGGUUCUUUCCACCCUCCCACUUCCCAAUAUCCCCGUCAUUCACCCAUCCGACACUCCGCAGUCUGAGCUCAAGACCGCUCUCGACUUUAUCAAACUACACCCGAGCGUGAAGGUUCCAUUGGCGCAGUACAGCUUGACGGGCUCGCUCGGUCAACUGUUCAUCUUUGAGACUCUGCAGCAUUUUGGAUCGCUGACUCUCGUGACUAUCACCCUCACUCGCAAACUUUUUACUAUGAUCCUAUCUGUGAUCGUUUACAAGCACAAGCUCACUUUGGGUCAAUGGGCUGGUGCCGCCGUAGUAUUUGCCGGUAUCGGUGUAGAGGCAUGGGUGAAGCGAAGAGAUAUUCACGCCAAGCGCGUGCUGCAAGAGAAAGAAAAGGCAAAGAUCAAGAUUCUUUAG